CCGAAUCGAUGAUCUCGUCAAUGCAUACGUAUGUAGACAACUUCAUCUAACGCGUGAUUACAAAUUAAGAAAAUGUGGCGCUGAUAGUCAGUCCGGUUUUUGAAGAAAUAUGGCGGAUGUCGAGCUGACUAAAGCCUUAAAAGAUUUACCUAAUCGAAUUCAAACCGCCAGCAAAAAGGAGCGGCGAGAGAUUUUACAAAAUGUCGUCGAUGUGUUGUCAAAUCCUGGUAUUAAUGACAAAAUCGUCUGUGGUAUUUGCAAAGUUCUCUCCCUUACUUUGCAUCGAUAUAAAGAUACAGCUUCCCAAUCUUACGUGAAAAAUGUCAUUACAAAAUUAUUGGCAAAGCAACCGGAAGCCACCGUGAAGCAUAUGACAAGUGUUAUUGCAGAACAAGCUACUUGGCAUAAGAAUGUUGUUCCUACUCUGAAUACCGCUUUAACUGCAUAUCUGACAUUAAAAUGGUCGACGCUUGUGAUAUUACACGGAAUCAACAAGAAUUUUGAAAAUUGCACGGAACUGGCAAAACUGAUCGAAGCGCAAGCCAACUUAAGCGCAGCUUCAUUAGCAUCCACGGAUAAAAAGUUGUCUGAUAAAACGUACACGUUGCUCGCGCAUGAAUGGUCAUCCGUUAAAGAUAUUGAAAUUAAAUAUGUGGAGACAUUAGUCAAACUUGAGAUUGGAAAUGGAGUCAUUGUACUUGCGAGCUUGCUCACAAAAUAUUUAGUGAAUACAAAGAAAGGUGAACUUAUAGAACAGUUGAAGAAAAAUGUUAUAGAUACAUUCAUAAAAGUGACCAUCAGUUCAAAGAAGAAACCAGAUCUAUACGUGGUCGAUACUGCGAUACCCCUUCUACGUAGAAUAUCGCACGAAGAAUUUAAGGUACAAUUGCUGCCAGCUUUGCAGAAGGCUAUGUUAAGAAAUCCCGAGAUAAUAAUUGAAUCUGUUGGACAUAUAUUAAGUGGAUUGAGUCUUGAUCUAAGUCAAUAUAGUCAAGAUAUUUGCAAAGGAUUAUUUGCGAAUUUACACUCUAAAGAAGAUCUUGUUAGGGAAGAGGCAGUAGGAGCAUGCCGUAGACUUGCACGACAAUGUUCAGACACAACUGCUUUGGAGAAUUUACUUGCCUCUGUAUUCGCAGUAUUUCAUGGAUCCGAAGGGAAACUAACGGUGGCAACUCAUAAAAUAUCGGUAUUGCAAGGAGCAGGUAAUUUGAGUUACAAUGCAGCUUCAGGAAGCAGCGUACAAAGAUUGGCCGAAACUGCAUGCGAACAUUUCAUAAAGGUUCUUGAAACAGAGGUACAUGAAAAAACGUUGAUUCAUGCUUUGGAAAUGAUGGCACUAUGGUCAAACAAAUUUGCGGACAAUGUACCCCAAAGUGUAAUAGACGCGUUUAAAAAAGGAAUGGCAGCAAAAACUUCUACUGCUGCAGUACGUACCGCUUACAUCAAACUUUUCUUCUCUACUCCAGUAGACUCCUAUUCGGGCACGAUCGCCCCUAUUCUAACGCAAGCGAUAACAAGAGCUAUGCAACAAAGUGCACAGCCUAUGGCAGUAACGGAAGGAUUAGUAGCCUCAUAUUUGUUACUCAAGUUUGUAUUGGCAGACCAAGUGGAAAAUGAUAAACAAACGAUAUUAUGGAAUGUAAUAGACGAACAAAUAUUCUUCUCCGAAAAAUUUUUAACUACGUGCAGUGACGAUACGUUAUACCAUCUCAUGCUAUUAUGCGAGCGUCUUAUUACCGAAUUUGUUGAUAGACUAAAUGAAAAGGCUUUGAAUGGAAUUCAUAGAGCGAUCGUGACAUGUUCAACGGCACCGAAAUCUGCCAUCAGGAAACGUUGCUUUCCAUUGAUCAAAAAAGUUUUGACUACUCUAAGUACGUAUGCACCGGUCGAAGCACUUUUAACAGAAUUUAAUAAAUUCCUUGAAAAUGUCAAAAUCAAAUCCGAAAAUGAUAAAGAUAAUAAAGAUGAUACCAGCGAGAUCACUGGCAGAUGUUUAGCAGAUGGAUUACUCGCUAUAUGUUCUGGAUCAUUUCUAUUUGAAUUACCUGCUAUGCAAUUGACACGAGACGCUUUGAUCCCGGCUCAUCAUCCAGCAAUAUUAAAAGCUGUUCCAAAUUUGUGGUUGAAAAUAGCCAAGAACUUUAAUCUUGUACCGAAGGACUUUCUUAGAACUUAUAGCAACGAAAUAAAAAAGUUACUCAUUCAAAAUUAUAAUCCUAUACCGAGUUACGAGAAUGCGCUCGCCAAAGUACUUCAACUUGCCCCGGAUACUAUUUUGCCCAGUUUAAUUUCGAACGUAACGAAUAAACUAAACGAUUCAGAAAUUCUAAAAGUCACCAAGGACGAAUAUUUCACUUAUCUUACACCCGAAGGCGAACUUUAUGAUAAGAGCGUAUUACCAACCAAUGAUGAAAAUGACAUACUAAAUGCAAUGAAUAUGAAACGAGAAAGUAAAGUCUACUCUUUCAAGGAACAACAAGAGGAAUUACAAUUGAGACGUGAAUUGUAUGAGAAACGUAAGAGAGAGGGAAAGAUAAAGGAGCCGAAGUUGACCCCGAAACAGGAGGAAAUUUUGAAAGGACAAAUUGCAAAGGAAAAUAGUAUUAGAAAGAGAUUGACCGAAUUGAAAUCAAAGAUAGAUCACGCUGUAUCCCUUAUACAUUGCGCGAUACGUGGUAACGGGCAAGAACUUUCUUUGUAUCUGAAAGAUAUAUUAUCUCCUAUAUUAAAAAAUUUAGGAUCGCCAUUGGCAGCACCUGCCAUAUCCGAACUUUACAUCGAGUUGCGAGAAAUCGUACAGAUCGGUACAAGCACGACCUUAGGAAAUUUGAUAGCGCACGUUACCUUAAGACAAUUGCAACCGCAGUGUGAUUUAGAUCCAGCAUGGGAGGAUGAGAAUUUAGACGUGGUCGUUAAAAGAACCUUGAAUUUGAUCCAUGCGAUUACGAUCAAGCAGAAACGUUUGUUUACCGCGCCUGCAUUCUGUUACAUCUUUCCAUUUCUCAAGAAGACGUUAUUAACGUACAAAGACGACGCCAUGAUAGUGCAAGGAUUGCAAAUAAUCCAGGAUCAUGCUAAACAAAGAGGGAACAGUGCCGAUUUGAAAGAUAUGAGACAUCCUAGGCUAUUACCCAGAAAACAAAUAUUUGAUUUGCUUAUAGAACUUAUGAGCAAUACGACUGGAAGAGUACAGUCGCACGCGGUAGCAACGUUGUUAGACGUAGCUCAAUCCGGUAGCGGUCAACCAGGUACAGCUUUGGCAACGAGCGACGACAUAGAUUCGCUAAUCGGUGCAUUACAGAAUGCAUUAUCGGCGGUAAGGGAUGCAGCUUUGAGAGGUCUCACUGUCAUAAGAGAAGCAUUCCCAUCUCAGAAAGAGGAUCCCGUACAAUUCCUUCGUCUUACAAGAAGAAUAUGGAUCGCAAGAUUCGACGUUUGCGGGGAGAACGUAACACUAGCCAACGAACUCUGGAGUGCUGCUAAUUUAGUAGCUCAUGCCGAUAUCCUUUGCGACGAGUUGAUCCAAGAUAUUGCACAUCCGAUUGAACCUGUACAACAAGCUGCGGCAUGCGCUCUGGCCCAAUGUUUGACCAGUAUAUCGCAAUUAACCCCAUCGAUAUUAGACAGACUGUUAGAAUUGUAUCAAGAAAAACUAGCUAUGAUACCGCCAAAACUGAACGAUUUUGGUCGCGUGGUCGAACAACCGAUCGAUACUUGGGCCCCACGUCGUGGUGUAGCACUUGCCCUGACGCAAAUAGCACCGCUAUUAACGUCAGAAACUAUUCAACGUCUCGUACAGUUCUUCGUUUCAACCGGCUUGGGAGAUAGGAACCAAUCGGUUCGUACGGAAAUGUUGAACGCCGCGGUAGCCGCGGUUGAUCUUCAUGGAAAGAAAAAUAUAACUUCCCUUUUACCUGUGUUCGAAGAUUUCAUGGAUAAAGCACCUAAAAUUGGCAGCUUCGAUUCUAUAAAACAAUCUGUGGUUAUUCUAAUGGGUUCGUUGGCGAGACAUUUGGAUAAGGACGAUCCACGUAUCAAGCCAAUCGUUAUGCGUCUAAUCGCAGCUCUUUCAACGCCGUCCCAACAAGUACAGGAAGCAGUGGCUAAUUGUUUGCCACAUCUUGUACCUUCCAUCAAAGAGGAUGCACCAAAAAUCGUUGAUAAUCUUAUGGAUCAGUUGUUAAAAUCCGACAAAUAUGGAGAACGUAAGGGUGCUGCUUAUGGAUUAGCUGGUAUCAUCAAGGGUAUGGGUAUUUUGGCAUUGAAACAAUUAGAUAUCAUGACUACGCUUACCAACGCUAUUCAAGACAAAAAGAACUACAGGCACAGAGAAGGAGCAUUGUUUGCUUUUGAAAUGUUAUGUACUAUGUUGGGUAGAUUAUUCGAACCAUACAUCGUUCACGUAUUACCACACUUAUUAUUAUGCUUUGGAGACUCUAGCCAAUAUGUAAGGGCGGCCACAGAUGAUACGGCUAGAGUAGUUAUGAGUAAACUCUCGGCUCAUGGCGUUAAAUUGGUAUUGCCAAGUUUGUUAGCGGCACUGGAGGAAGAUUCUUGGAGAACCAAAACUGGAUCGGUCGAACUAUUGGGCGCAAUGGCAUACUGUGCGCCAAAACAAUUAAGCAGCUGUUUGCCGAGUAUCGUACCUAAGCUCAUAGAAGUACUCAGCGAUUCCCAUACAAAAGUUCAAGAAGCUGGUGCCGAGGCAUUAAAAGUCAUCGGCAGCGUCAUUCGUAAUCCAGAAAUCCAAGCUAUCGUGCCAGUUUUAUUAAAGGCUUUGCAAGAUCCUUCUCACAAGACGGCAACUUGUUUGCAAACACUUUUGGACACCCAGUUCGUGCAUUUCAUCGAUGCUCCGUCUCUAGCUUUGAUCAUGCCAGUCGUACAGCGAGCCUUUUUGGAUCGUUCGACUGAGACGAGAAAAAUGGCUGCACAGAUAAUCGGUAACAUGUAUUCUCUAACCGAUCAAAAAGAUUUGACUCCUUAUUUGCCAACCAUCAUACCUGGCCUGAAAACGAGCUUGUUGGAUCCCGUACCUGAGGUACGUAGUGUAUCGGCUAGAGCUUUAGGUGCUAUGGUUCGUGGAAUGGGAGAGUCCAGCUUCGAAGAUUUAUUACCGUGGUUGAUGCAAACGUUAACUUCAGAAACAAGUAGCGUAGAUAGAUCUGGAGCUGCCCAAGGACUUUCCGAGGUAGUCCGCGGUUUGGGCGUAGAAAAAUUGCACAAAUUGAUGCCUGAAAUUAUCUCGACUGCCGAAAGAACGGACAUAGCUCCACACGUUAAAGAUGGUUACAUCAUGAUGUUCAUUUACAUGCCAAGUGCAUUUACUACCGAAUUCACGCCUUACAUAGGACAAAUUAUAAAUCCGAUAUUGAAAGCCCUUGCCGACGAGAACGAGUACGUACGUGAGACUGCAUUAAGGGCUGGCCAAAGAAUCGUUACCUUGUAUGCGGACUCAGCGAUUAUGUUACUUUUACCUGAAUUGGAAAAGGGUCUUUUUGACGAUAAUUGGCGUAUCAGAUAUUCGUCCGUGCAAUUGCUCGGUGAUCUUUUGUACAGAAUAUCUGGUGUAUCUGGAAAGAUGUCAACCGAGACAGCGAGUGAAGAUGAUAAUUUUGGAACGGAACAAUCUCACUUAGCUAUCAUCAAUGCUUUAGGCGCGGAAAGACGUAACCGAGUUUUAGCUGGCCUUUACAUGGGUAGAUCCGACGUAGCUUUGAUGGUACGUCAAGCUGCUCUUCACGUUUGGAAGGUAGUUGUAACGAAUACACCGAGGACAUUAAGAGAAAUAUUACCAACUCUAUUUACCCUUUUACUUGGAUGUUUGGCAAGCACGAGUUACGAUAAGAGACAAGUGGCCGCACGAACUUUGGGUGAUCUUGUCAGAAAAUUGGGAGAGAGAGUGCUUCCAGAAAUUAUACCGAUUUUGGAGAAGGGUCUUCAGAGUGAACAAGCCGAUCAACGGCAAGGUGUUUGUAUCGGUCUUUCCGAGAUCAUGGCGAGUACGAACAAAGAUAUGGUCCUGACGUUUGUCAUCAGUCUGGUACCCACUGUUAGAAAAGCUUUGUGCGAUCCAUUGCCCGAAGUUCGGCAAGCGGCAGCGAAAACUUUCGACGGAUUACAUUCAACAGUUGGCGUUCGAGCCUUAGACGAUAUACUUCCGGCUAUGUUAACUCAACUAAAUUCACCGGAUCAAGCCGAAGCUGAAAACACAUUGGAUGGUUUACGCCAAGUAAUGGCGAUUAAAUCACGCGUCGUAUUACCUUAUUUAGUACCUCAGUUAACAACUCCGCCGGUUAAUACGAAAGCACUGUCGAUCUUAGCCAGUGUCGCUGGAGAAGCAUUAACGAGAUUUCUACACAAGAUCUUACCAGCUCUAUUGACCGCCCUUUCUAGCGCUCAAGGAACUCCAAACGAAGUUCAAGAAUUAGAGUACUGUCAAGCGGUUAUUCUAUCCGUUACGGACGAAGUUGGUGUUAGAACGGUCAUGGAUCAACUAAUGGAAGCUACUAGAUCGGAGGAUGCAUCGAGACGACGAAGCGCAGCGACCUUGCUCUGUGCCUUUUGUCGUGACACCAGAGCCGAUUAUAGCCAAUAUGUACCUCAACUUUUGCGCGGGCUUAUUCAUCUCUUUACCGACGAAGAUAAGGACGUAUUGCAAAUGAGCUGGGAAGCUCUUACCGCGGUCACCAAGACAUUGGCGUCCGAUCAACAAAUCGCUCACGUGCAGGACAUCAGACAAGCCGUUCGCUUUGCUGUAUCCGAUUUGAAAGGACAAGAACUAUUACCUGGAUUUUGUUUACCUAAAGGUAUCACACCGAUACUUCCUAUAUUCAGAGAAGCAAUAUUGAAUGGUUUACCCGAGGCAAAGGAACAGGCUGCUCAAGGAUUAGGAGAAGUCAUUAAGUUGACCAGCGCUUGCGCGCUUCAACCAAGCGUUGUACAUAUCACUGGUCCAUUGAUUAGAAUACUUGGUGAUCGUUUCAAUUGGAGCGUGAAAGCUGCAGUACUCGAGACGCUCGCUAUUUUACUUGGCAAGGUCGGUGUCAUGCUCAAGCAAUUUUUACCUCAACUGCAAACAACAUUCUUGAGAGCAUUGAACGACAGCAAUCGUCAAGUGAGGUUAAAGGCAGCAUAUGCUUUGAGCAAUCUGAUCGUUAUACAUACUCGAGUGGAUCCAUUGUUCACUGAACUUCAUACCGGCAUUAAAACCGGCGAUGAUCCGGCUAUAAGAGAAACUAUGUUGCAAGCGUUACGCGGUGUUCUCACACCUGCCGGUGAUAAAAUGACAGAACCAAUGAAGAAACAAGUAUUCGUUACGUUGAACAGCAUGCUUGGUCAUCCAGAGGAUGUUACUAGAAACGCUGUGGCCGGUUGUUUCGGUGCUUUAUUAAGAUGGUUGAGUUCGGAACAGCUUGCUAUCGCAUUUAAUGAUAAUCUAUUGUGUAACGACGUCAAUGUUGAUUGGAUGCUGAGACACGGACGUUCAGCCGCACUUUUCGUCGCACUAAAAGAAUCACCUAGCACUGUGUAUAACGCUAAAGAGAAGGAUCGCGUUUGUACAGUAAUUUUAUCUUAUUUAGCAGCGGACCGAGUGCAAAUAGUAAUGAACGGUGUUAGAGCUUGCGGUUAUUUGUUCCAAUAUCUAAUGAACGAAAGCCAAUCUAUACCACAACAAAUUCUUUCUCCGUUCGUCAGAUCAAUGAACAACAACAGUAACGACGUGAAACAAUUACUCGCCAGAGUUUGCAUUCACUUGGCACGAAAUAUAUCACCCGAGAAAAUGUCCUCAGAAUUGUUGAAAGCUUUGUUACCGAUGUUGGUUAACGGGACGAAAGAAAAAAAUGGUUACGUCAAAGCCAACAGCGAACUUGCUCUGAUCGCGGUACUUCGAUUGAGACAAGGAGAAGAAGAACAUCAGAGAUGCAUGGCUUUCUUGGACGCUGGUGCAAGAGAGUCAUUGUCGGACGUUGUCAGCAAAGUACUACGCAAGGUUUUAUCCCAGCCAGAAGGCAAGAUAGAAGAAUUAGAUGAUACGUUACUCACGUGAGAGAUAUUUUACUUCCCGGAGCUUUAUACUCGCUACAUCCGUUCCAAUAAUUGUAUUAUCGAUCAAUAUUCACCCAUAUCCUGCGAGCAUUGCUGGCAGCAAAAACAACAACAACAACAACAACAACAAUGGCGGCAGUGGCAGCAACGACAACAUCAAAAGCAACAGAAACAGCAGCAGUACAAUCAUUAUUGCUCAUACGUUAGUCACAUUAUAAAAAAUGUAGUUCGUGUAAUAUCAUAUCGAUAAACGAUCUAAUGGUAUUCUGUAUGCCGAUCGUUUGAUGGUAAUAAUAAUAAUGAUGAAGGUGAUGCUGAUGCCGACAACGAUGAUGAUGAUAAUGAUGAUGACGAUGAUGAUGAUGAUGAUGAUGAUGAUGGUGAUGAUGAUGAUGAUGAUGGUGAUGAUGAACAUGAUGAUGAUGAUGAUGACGAUAAUAAUGAUGAUAGUAAUGAUGAUGAUCAUGUUGAUGGCAUUAAAGUUACUUAAGUUGAAAUCUGUCGAGUAUCAUGAAAUUUUGAAAGAUCAAUCGAUUAGGAAGAAUUCGAAACAUAACGACGAUAAUAAAAUUUCAAUUCUACAAGAAGAAAUUGUAUCGAGGUGGCGACAGCUCGAUCAUAUUAUUAUUAUUCUCUUUGAUUGUAGUAAAACGAUGGAAGUCAGAAUUUGGUUGAGUUGUAAAGAUUUAUCGAAACACAAUAAUAAUAUUAAUAAUAUUAAUAUUAAUAAUAAUAAUAAUAAUAAUAACAAUAAUAAAAAAAAAGUAUGUACACGACAUGCUGAUCUUAAAGGCUUCUUUCCUUCUGGUAUAAAAAUAAAAAGGCCGUCGUCGAUUUUUGUGAAUUAUAUCAACUAUAAAUAAUCAUACGGCGUGUCUCAUAUAUUAUACUGUGAGACAAGGAAAUAACGAGAAUGAUAUAACAGUGUAAUAAUAAACUAAGUACAAGUGUGUCUCUGUCUCUGUCUUCCAAAGAGAAGAGAUAGAGAAAAAGAAAAAGAGAGAGAAAGAGAAAGAAAGAGAAAUGGACGUAAGAAAAAGUGUGUUCUAUCAUUUUUUCGACGAUCGACGAAAGAAAAUGAAAACGAAAAAGGAAAAAAAGAGAAAGAACAAUACAUGUAUAGUUUGCAUUUCCAUAUAUUAACAAUAAUAAUUUUGAAUAAUCGUUACGUCGACUUUAACCGUAACGUAACGUAAAGUAACGUAACGAACAGCGAUGCUUCCUGGUUUGUCACAUUCUACACGUUCGCUUGCUCGAAAUCAUCUUAUUAAAAUCAAUGUCUUCUUUUGUCCCUCCAUCUUUUUUUAUUUUUUUUUUUUUUUAUUUAUUUAUUUUUUUUUUUUUUAAUUAUUCUUCCAGAAAAGAAAAAAAGCAGAAACAGGUUUCACAUUAUAUUGUUUUAUUUUUCGAAAAAGAAAAAAUAUAUAUUAUUUUAUAUAUAUAUAUAUUUAUUUAUAUAUACAUAUUAUAUAUAUAAUAAUAUAUAUAAUAUAUAUAAUAUAAAUAUAUACGUAUAUAAUAUAUAUAAUAUAUAUUAUAUAUAUAUAUAUUAUAUACGUAUAUGAUAUGUAUAUAUAUAUAUGUGUGUGUGUGUAUGUAUACGACAAUCAUACAUUUACGCAAAUUUUGUACUUUUAUAUUAAUAUCAGUUCGACUUCAUUGGAAAGAAAGAGAUUUGAUGAAAUGAGAUUAUUGAAGAGGGUUAAUGGACUAGAAGGGAAAUUUUAACGUCAACGUGAAUCGAUAACAUAUUUUUAUAAAUUUGCACUACGUUUUUCUGAUAUCAUUUUUACGCAAAAAUAAUAAUAAUAAUAAAGACAUUUCUCUUAAGCUUUCAUUUUGCUUUGAGAAAAAAAAACGGAUAAGAACGAAGACAAGAAUAAAGAAUAAAAAUAAAUAAAUAAACAUAAAAGAAAAAAACAAAAUCAUUCUAUGCACAAUCGAGCGAUCGACGAAUUACGUGACGGACCAGAAGUAGUGACGCUCUCUUUUUCUUUCUUUUUUUUUCUUUCUUGUUCUGUGUAUUUUAGAAAAGAAAGGAUAUACUCUCGAAGAGAGCGACCUAGUCGCAUAUCCUAAUCGUUCCUAAUCAAUACAAAAUCCGCUCAAGCCCCGGGAUUUAUUCUCUUCCAACGUGUCAUGUAUCAUAAAUUAUACACAUACGCAAAUGCGUUACAAAAAAGGAAUCUAUAUAUACAUGCAUAUAUAUAUAGUAUGUGUAUAUAUAUAUAUAUGUGUAUAUCAAAUAUAAGUUUCUCGCUCGUUAUCCUUUCGUGGAAAUUCGCAAUAAUUUUGUUUCCUUUUUCUUUUCUUUUUUUUCUUUUCUUUUCUUUUUUUUUUUUUUUUUAAUUUUUUUGCACAGACAGACAUAUAAAUAAGUCGUUUAAUUUGUUAGAAACAAAAUCUAUUUUUCUGCCUUUUUUCUUCUUUGUUUAUUUUCUUUUUUUUUAUUAUUUUCCUUUUUUCUCUUUUUUUUUUUUUUUUUUAAAAUUUUCUUGUUUCAUUCUGUCUACCCUUUUUUUAAGACUGACGACCUCGCGUUCGUAUCAUCCAAGACUCGUUUAGAAUUUAACUUUUUUACUGCCACGUUUUACUACGUAUAUCAAAGAAUAGAUUUUUCUAUGAUUUUAACGAAAUUGAAAAAUAUUAAUAAUAUGAUAACAGGGAUAAAUAGUAUAUUUGUUAAUAGUUAUUACUUUGAUCGCUAUUUAAAUUUAUUAAUUUUCAUUUUAAUAUCACGUAUAAUAAAUUUUUCAAGAUAUUUGAGCGUUAGUAAAUUUAAUAAUUAUUAAUAUUAAUAUAAUACAUAUAUUAAUAAUUAUAAAUUUAAUAGAUUUAAACGCACUUUCGAUCAGUGGGUAAAAUAAUUUUUCAACGAGAGUAACUGCAUUACCGACCUCUAUUCUAAAUAUUUUCGAACCUUUUCUGAAAAACCUAUUUUAUCGACUGACAUCACUUUUAUUCAAAAGAAAAAAAGACUUCAAAAUAUUUGAUACCUUUACAUUCAUAAUAUUAAUAAUUAUAUACCGUUUACCCUAAUAUUUUUUAUUUUCCAUAAGAAACGAAACAACACGAUCGAGAAGCUUGCAAAUCUUUUUUCUUCCCUUUGUUUGUUUUAUAUUUUUUGUUUGUUUUGUUCAUUCCUACUACGUUUAUACAUAAAAACGGUCCUACCGAUAUAUACGAAAUUUAAUUAUUUCUCACACUCACGACGAAAGAGACUUUUAAAUUUGUUAGAAUUGUGUAUGCACGAAUGUAUGUAUGUAAUAAGGAUUAACUGGAAAAUAGAGAAACAUGCGUAAGAAAAAAAGAAAAACAAAAA